GCUCUGGGGCGCGUAACGCCGUGUAUAGGCAUUGCAUCCAAGCGCACGGGAGCUCGGGGUUUGGGUUGUCUGUUGAGGCCAGGACUGUGCCAUCCUUCAGCAUGGCCACGCCGGUGGUUGCCGAUAGCAUUCGCAAUGCCAUCGCUGUUGGAGCGCCCAUCUAUAAUGCUGGGGAUCCAGGUGGCUGCAUGAACACCUAUGUGCGCGCCGCACUCGACCUGGUGGAGAAGGGCUCGGCCAGCGAGGGCGAGAAGGCCGCGCUGCAGGAUGCGGUGCGGCGGGCGCUGGAGGCCGGCAGCAAGGACGAGGGCGCCUGGAUCAUGCGCCGCUCCUUCGACUCCAUCCUCAGCGGCGCGGUGGCGGCGCGCGAAUCGGCGGCGCGUGUGGCUGCCAGCGCGGGUCCUGGUGGCGAGUUUGAGGUGCUGAACUUUGAAAUGGGUCUGCCGGUGGCGCCGCGCUGGCGCAUCAUGGACGACGUGAUCAUGGGUGGCAUGUCCCAAAGCGACGGCCUGACCUACAACCCCGCCGACCGGGCCGCCGUGUUCAGCGGCCGGGUCACCACAGACGGCGGCGGCGGUUUCGCCAGCCUCCGCUCCGACGACUGGGCGGGCUUCAGCAGCCUUGCGGCGGCGCGCGGCGUGCGCAUGACGGUGCAGGGCGACGGCCGGCAGUACAAGCUCAGCGCCAAAACGGACGGUGACUACGACGGGGUGCAAUACCAGUACGACUUCACGCCGCCCGCCGGGACCUGGACGCAGGUGGAGCUGCCCUUCGCAGGCUUCAAGCCGACGUUCCGCGGGCGAACCGUGCCGAACCGGCCGCCGCUGCAGGGGCUGCAGAUUCGGCAACUGGGACUGAUGGUGUCCAAGUUUACCAGUGACGGCGGCGUGAUCAACAACUUCCGGAACGGCGGCUUUCGGCUGGGCAUUCGUAACAUUCGUGGAUUCAUUUGAUGGCCAAGAGUUUACGCGUUUCUGGCGAGUCUGUUAGUUGAGCUGCAUCAUACCGUGGUGUUUUGCAGCGGAGUCGAGCAUUGUGGAAUGUGGUGAUGAUGUAGACUUGGUGGGCAUGAGGAAUGCUGGGCUGAGCCAGCGGUGACACGUCUCCAGUACAGGAGCGUGUGCUCUUUGGGUGGCUGGGUGGCUGCUGGUGGCUGCUGGUGGAAACAAUGUACGGACACUGCAA